AUGGGCAACGCGGCCAGCAGCAGCGUGGAGGCGUCCCCCGCCAAGGAGCUCAAGGGCCAGCAGCAGCCGCCCGCCGCCGCCGCCUCCUCGCCGCUGCCCCCCAUGCAGCCCGCCGCCCCCAAGCAGCCCAUGCCCGGCGCCGGAGAGCUGGAGGAGCGCUUCGCCCACGUCCUGAAUUCCAUGAACUUACCACCGGACAAAAUGAAGUUACUCAGUCAAUACGACAAUGAGAAGAAAUGGGAGCUGAUUUGUGACCAAGAAAGGUUCCAAGUGAAGAACCCACCUUCUGCCUACAUCCAGAAACUGAAGAGCUAUCUAGACACGGGCGGAUUCAGUGGAAAGUUUAAGAGGCGGGUUCAAGAGUCCACCCAGGUUCUUCGGGAGCUGGAGAUAUCUUUGAGGACAAACCAUAUCGGCUGGGUCCAGGAGUUCCUAAAUGAAGAGAACAAGGGACUGGACGUCCUGGUGGACUACCUGGCUUUUGCCCAGUGCUCCGUCACGUAUUAUAUGGACAGCACAGACAAUGGGAGUCCGGGGUCCGACAAGGGGAAAGCCCUGGACAGAUCUGUGGAGGACCUCAGCAGAAGCAACUCCUCCUCCCCUACGCAGGGCUGUUCCAAAGUGAGGCACCCGACUGUCAGACUCAAUCUGGCCCACAGCAGAAAGGCUCUGCGGAACUCGCGCAUCGUCAGCCAGAAGGACGACGUCCACGUCUGUAUCAUGUGCCUCCGGGCCAUCAUGAAUUAUCAGUCCGGGUUUAGCCUUGUGAUGAACCACCCCGCGUGUGUCAACGAGAUCACGCUGAGCCUCAACAAUAAGAGUCCCAGGACCAAAGCUCUCGUCCUUGAGUUGCUGGCUGCUGUUUGCUUAGUCCGAGGGGGACACAACAUCAUCCUGACUGCCUUCGACAACUUCAAAGAGGUCUGUGGUGAGAGGAACCACUUCGAGAAGCUGAUGGAAUAUUUCCGAAAUGAAGACAGCAACAUAGAUUUCAUGGUGGCUUGCAUGCAGUUCAUCAACAUUGUGGUCCAUUCUGUGGAGAACAUGAACUUCCGCGUCUUCUUGCAAUAUGAGUUCACGCAGCUGGGGCUGGAUGACUACCUCGAGAAGCUGCGCUAUUCGGAGAGCGACAAGCUUCAGGUGCAGAUCCAAGCCUACCUGGACAACAUCUUUGACGUCAGUGCUCUGCUGGAAGAUACCGAAACCAAGAAUGCCGUCCUUGAGCACGUGGAGGACCUGCAGGAGGAAGUGGGACAGCUUUCAGAGAAACUCCAGGAGGCGGAGAACGAGUCCAUGGCCAAGAUCGCAGAGCUGGAAAAGCAGUUGUGCCAGGCACGGCAUGAGCUGGAGACCCUGAGGGUGCGGACGACCGAGGACGAGCAGAACAAGAAAGAGCCAGUCGGCAAACCAAGCAGUUCACGGAGCCCCUCCUUGCUACAAAUGCAGCAGCCUCUAGGUACGAAAGAGCACUUGCAGCACCCGGCCUUACAGCACAACCUGGAGGAGCUUGAGGACAAAGGGCUGAUCCGUGUCCUGCGUGGGCCAGACGGGGACGUCAUUGUGGGCAUCGAGGUCAUCCCCAUCACCAUGGAGACCACAGCUGUCCCAUCAAUUAUGAUUGAUGUACCUUCAUCAACCAGCACAGAUCUUCCUUCCCCGUCCCCAGUUCCAGCUGCAGCUCUGGAAAUUCCACCACACCCACCCUUGCCUUUCACCAAAGACUCCAGCAUCACGGUUCUCCCCGACACGCUACAGGAUGGUCCGGCUCCUCCACCGCCACCGCCGCCCCUUCCUGGAGCUGGUGAACCUCCACCGGCUCCUCCGCUUCCUGUUGUGGGAACUGCACCCCCUCCUCCACCACCACCACCCCUCCUCCCAGCAGAAGGCCCGGUUCCUCCACCUCCUCCACCCCUGCCUAUGACUGAAGGGGUGAGCCUACCUGUAGUUACUUCAGCCGUCCAAAUUAAAAAGCCGAUACAGACCAAAUUCCGCAUGCCCACCUUCAACUGGGUGGCUCUGAAGCCAAACCAGAUCAACGGGACCGUCUUCAACGAGCUCAACGAUGAGAAAGUCCUUCAGGUUCUGGACAUGAAUGACUUUGAGGAGCAGUUCAAAACCCGGGCUCAGGGCCCCGGCCUGGAGUUCAGCGGCUUGAAGGUCAAGACCUCCCAGAAGGCCCCCAGCAAAGUGACGCUGAUCGAGUGCAACCGGGCCAAGAACUUGGCCAUCACGCUCCGCAAGGGAGGGCUCACCAUCGACAGGAUCUGCAAGGCCAUCCAGACAUACGACCUCCAGGCCCUGAACCUCGACUUCCUGGAGCUGCUGAUGCGCUUCCUCCCCACGGAGUACGAGCUGACCCUGAUCCGAAAGUACGAGAAGGAGCAGCGCCCCCUGGAGGAGCUCUCGGACGAGGACCAGUUCAUGAUCAAGUUCAGCAAGAUCCCCCGCCUGGCGGAACGCAUGAACAUCAUGACCUUCCUGGGCAACUUCGGAGACACCGUCCAGCUCCUCCUCCCACAGCUGAAUUCCAUCAUUGCUGGGUCCAUGUCGCUGAGAUCUUCCACCAAAUUGCGUCAGAUUCUGGAGAUUGUUUUGGCAUUCGGGAAUUACCUGAACAGCAGCAAACGGGGAGCAGCUUACGGAUUCCGGUUGCAGAGUCUGGAUGCGCUCCUGGACAUGAAGUCAACAGACCGGAAGCAGACGUUGCUUCAUUACAUUGUGCGGGUUAUCCAGGAGAAAUAUCCCGACCUUGUUAACUUCUCCAAUGAACUGCACUUCCUGGAUAAAGCAGGGGCAGUGUCACUGGACAGUGUGCUGCAAGAUGUGCGGAGUCUGCAGCGGGGCAUGGAGCUCACCCGUAAAGAGUUCAUGCGCCAAGACGACAGUGCUGUGCUCAAGGACUUCCUUAAGGCCAACACAGAGGUGAUGGAGAAGCUCCAAGCAGACAGCAAAACAGCCCAGGAGGCCUACGAGGCAACAGUGGAGUACUUUGGGGAGAACCCCAAGACCACCCCUCCCACCAUGUUCUUCCCAACAUUCAUACGCUUUGUCAAGGCUUAUAAGAAAGCAGAUGAGGACAUCCAGCUGUGGAAGAAGCAGGAAGCAGCUGCCAAGGAGGAGGAGGAAGUGGACUCCCCCAGGAAAGAUGAGCAGUCAGCACCCAAGUCUCCCACCCACAAGGCCAAGAGGCAACAGAUGGACCUCAUCGCCGAGCUGAAGAAGAAGCAGCUGGUGAAGGAGCCCAUCAUUUACGAGGGGAAGGACGGAGCCAUUGAAGACAUCAUUACAGGCCUGCGGAGCCAGCCAUACCGGCGGGGGGACACUGGCCGGCACAGCGGCAGGAAACGGAUUGUCGGGCAGACCCUGCAGGUGACCGCCGACAUCUCGCUGUGAGGACCGCGCAGGGAGAAGAGCCAGCCCUCCGAGCCUGGGUGGAGGGGGGCGAUGGGUCGGCGGCCGGCAGGCCCGGGCCCAGAAGCUUUUCUCGCCGAGGGCCGGAGGGGGUCGGGGCAGAACCGCCUGCCUCCUUCGCCCCCUCCCGCCUCCUCCUCCGCUUCGGAAACCACCCGUGGGCUUCUGCGCGCACCCGCCAGCGCUGCCCCUCACACUGGAUCGACGUGGCUUCCUUUUGAACUGUGCAUCCUUGGCCCGCCUGGACUGACCUAGAAUGGAAUCGGGGCAGAGGUAAGAGGCUCCCGCGGCGUGCCACAGCCCAACAAGGCAGCCGAGCGGUCCAAAGGCAGCUCCAGCGGCUAGCGACGCCACCACCCGCCUCCCGCAGCCCGGCAAGAUCCAAGUGGCCGCCUCCCCCCCACCAAGGACGACAGCGCCUCCCUCUCUCUCAGCCUUCCUACCCAGCCGGCCUCGGUUCCUUUUCCUGUCUCGUUUUGCAAAAAUCAGGAUUCUCCUUUAAUCAUCUUCCAGUCCCGAGAGGUUUCAGAAAUGCGGGGAUCUUUGGGGCCAGGUCCUUCUGUGGGCCGUGAACAGCCGCGUUUUAUUGCUCUAGCGGCUGCUCAGGCGCUCCCAGAGUUCAUGAGCCAGGAGGGCACAUACCCUCGGGCUUCCGUCAGCCGUGCACCUGAGUCUCUUGCGGAGGCCGGGAAACACCCGGAGCUCUGGAGUGGUUUGGCCCCAGCGAGAGAGAGAGCUGCGUUCUUCUCCACUUGCAGCAUCUAGCCACUCACGCUCCCGCCUCCAGGCCUGCUGUUUCCUGAGAGUGGAGGAUGCCCCGUUCGCCAGCCUCCCGUCCCACCAUGUGUUUCUAUAACCCUGCCCUCCUCCUCCCCCUCUUUUUUGCCUUUUGUGGUUCACAAACCAAGGGCAGUUGUUGUCCAUCAAGUGGCCUGCAAUUAGACGGGACUGCUGUCCUCCCAUCCCCUUUGCUCUCUUUCCAGGGCUGAUGGCAACCAGGCGAAUACACCUGGUGACUCUCUGGGUUAAUCUCAGGUGGAGCACGGCCACUCGGGAGUGAAGUCCGGGGGACGCAAGUCCUCCGAUUGGGGCAGUGGGAUAUUCCACGGGAGGCUUCGACUAAUCCCGGCCUGUCGCUCUCACCGAUCGCUUCGGCCCCCGGGAAGGCCGGCCUGGUCACAGGAACGUAAGUCGUUGGCAGGGCUGUUCCUUUGGCACUUUUGAAAACCGUCUUGCUCUGAGGCAAGAAAGCGUAAAGGCUUUGAGACAAUCAACCGGGGUCCCGGAGUUGCUGUUCUUUCUCCUGCCACAGGGGGUCACCCUUUCUGUGGCUUUCCCACCGGUGCUUUCCUUCCACUUUGCAGGGAAGGUUCUUCUGGGCAUGCUCCCCUUUGGGGGGGGGGGGAAUCGGUGCAUCUCAGAACUUUCCUCCAAGUAGCCAAGGAGUGCUCACAUCGCCGUAGCACACACUGUAGUCAGCGUCCAAGAGCCACGAUGGGCCAUCCGUAGGAUGGACUCAAUCUGCUGCUGCAUUCUCCCAUGCUGUAAACAUAGCCACUCAUGCAACCCAGUUGCCUGAAGAUUUUCUGUUGCAACUGACACCACACUUAGAAGACAGGCAGUCCUGUCUGUUGCAAGUACGACAGCAAGCCGGGCGGGCACCUGAGAAGCUGCAGCGGUCCCGCUCCCGGUAGAACUCCCCUUGUGGUGCCCGCCUGCUCAUCGAAAGGUUCCUGGCACUCGACUGCAGAAACCAGGCACUGCCUUCUUUCGUGUUAGACAUUGGCCCAUCUCUUGCCGAUGGGCAGAACAGCACAGUCAUCUGUUACAGUCCGACCAACCAUCCCUGGGCACAGACACAAGCCCCUAGGCACAGUUUGAGCCAGCGGAGGAUAGCGGCAUGCAGUCCAGUGCAGCAAAAUUGCACUUGCUGCAGCAAUAAGGGCAUACUGCAGCAGAAACAUGCCCCCACCGCCACCCUUCCGAUCCAUUUAACCCAAACGCCUCCACGGUGAAGGUGAGGCACCCCCCCCCCCCCUUCCAUUUCCUCACCCAGCUCUAGACUGAAAGCACACACUUGCUUAUAAGCCACCCUGUGCAGCUUAUGCUUCCCCAUUGCUUUUCUGCUCUAACGUAAAACGCAGCUAAACCGUCCAGCGUAGCGGCACCCGCACACGCAUCGCUCCAUGCCGGGGGGGGGGAGG